GCAGCUUUUGUCAGUCAUCACUAACAUCAAAAAACAGCUUCUAUCCUUCCCACUUCCUCCGCCAAAUUCAGUGAGGAUCUGAGAAGAAGCAUUGGGCAGAGGAACUCAGCUUUUUCCUUCUACGCAUGACUGCAAGGGGCAGAGACCCCAUAAGGGGUCUUCUCUGGCCACAAAUGGCCCUCGCAUUUGCCAUUGCUCUCCUUUCUAUCACUGUGGUUUCCGUCAAUGCUGAUGGUUACCCUUACUAUUCUCCUCCACCACCUUCUCCUUCACCACCACCUCCUUACGUUUACAAGUCUCCUCCUCCACCACCGUAUGAGCACAAGGCUCCACCAUAUUAUUACAAGUCUCCACCACCUCCUUCCCCCUCUCCUCCACCUCCUUACUACUACAAGUCUCCUCCACCACCCUCUCCCUCACCUCCUCCUCCCUAUUACUACAAGUCUCCUCCACCACCCUCUCCUUCACCUCCUCCUCCCUACUACUACAAGUCCCCACCACCUCCUUCCCCAUCUCCUCCUCCUCCUUACUACUACAAGUCUCCUCCACCCCCUUACUACUAUAAGUCUCCACCACCACCAUCUCCAACUCCCUACUACUACAAGUCUCCUCCACCACCAUCUCCCACUCCCUACUAUUACAAGUCUCCACCACCACCGUCCCCAACUCCUUACUAUCCAUCCCCCACUCCUUACUACUACAAGUCUCCACCUCCACCAUCUCCGACUCCUUACUACUACAAGUCUCCUCCUCCACCAUCCCCAACUCCCUAUUACUACAAGUCUCCACCACCACCUUCCCCAACUCCUUACUAUCCAUCCCCAAAACCUUACUACUAUAAAUCUCCACCACCACCUUCCCCAACUCCUUACUAUCCAUCCCCCAAACCUUACUACUAUAAAUCUCCACCACCACCUUCCCCAACUCCUUACUAUCCAUCCCCAAAACCUUACUACUAUAAAUCUCCACCACCACCUUCCCCAACUCCUUACUAUCCAUCUCCAAAACCUUACUACUAUAAAUCUCCACCACCACCAUCUCCCACUCCUUACUAUUACAAGUCUCCGCCACCACCGUCCCCCACUCCUUACUAUCCAUCCCCCACUCCUUACUACUACAAGUCUCCACCCCCACCAUCUCCAACUCCCUACUACUACAAAUCUCCACCACCACCUUCCCCAACUCCUUACUAUUAUAAGUCUCCACCACCACCAUCUCCAACGCCUUACUAUCCUUCCCCAACUCCCUACUACUACAAGUCUCCACCACCACCAUCCCCAACUCCCUACUACUACAAAUCUCCACCACCACCAUCACCAACUCCUUACUAUCCAUCCCCAACUCCUUAUUACUACAAGUCUCCACCACCACCAUCUCCAACUCCCUACUACUACAAGUCUCCUCCUCCUCCUUCACCAACUCCUUACUAUCCCCCACACCCUUACCAUCCCUACCACCACCCUUUGAUCGUCAAGGUAGUAGGUAAAGUCUACAGCUACAAGUGCUACGACUGGGCGUAUCCCGAAAAGUCUCACAACAAGAAACACCUCAAAGGUGCUAUUGUGGAGGUUAAAUGCAAAGCAGGAAGAAACAUCAUUAAGGCUUAUGGUGAAACCAAGAGCAAUGGAAAAUACAGCAUCACAGUUAAGGACUUUGACUAUGUGAAAUACGGAUCAGUAGUCUGCAAGGCCCACCUUCAUGCUCCUCCUAAGGACUCUCCCUUCAACAUACCUACCAAGCUGAACGAGGGAACUCCAUUGAAGGUGAAAUCCAAAGAUAAAUAUGAAGUUGUGCUCAAGGCUAAGCCAUUUGCUUAUGCUUCAAAGAAGCACUUCAAGGACUGUGACAAGAAGCCUUAUAAGCCUUCACCAACUCCAUACUAUUACAACUCACCUCCUCCUCCCUCUCCAGUUUACGUAUACAAGUCACCACCACCACCAUCACCAACUUAUGUUUACAAGUCACCACCACCACCCGUGAAGUCGCCUCCCUAUUAUUAUAAGUCUCCACCUCCACCUUCACCAAAACCUAAACCACCAUACUAUUAUCAGUCUCCACCUCCUCCAUCACCAAAACCUCAACCUCCAUACUACUAUCAGUCUCCUCCUCCACCAUCACCAAAGCCUCAGCCUCCUUACUACUACCAAUCUCCACCUCCUCCAUCACCAAAACCUAAACCUCCAUACUACUACCUCUCUCCACCUCCUCCAUCACCCUCUCCUCCCCCUCCAUACUACUAUAAAUCUCCACCUCCUCCAUCACCUGUGCCAAAGCCUCCGUACUACUACCAAUCUCCACCCCCACCAUCACCAAAGCCUAAACCUCCAUACUACUACCACUCUCCACCUCCACCAUCCCCUUCACCUCCCCCUCCAUACUACUACCACUCUCCCCCUCCACCAUCCCCCUCACCUCCCCCUCCAUACUACUACCACUCCCCACCUCCACCCUCACCGGUUUAUAAGCCUCCAUACUACUACCAAUCUCCCCCUCCACCAUCACCAAAACCUAAACCCCCGUACUACUACCACUCCCCACCUCCACCAUCACCCUCUCCUCCCCCUCCAUACUACUAUAAAUCUCCACCCCCACCUUCACCAUCCCCUCCUCCUCCAUACUACUAUAAAUCUCCACCACCACCUUCACCGUCCCCUCCACCACCUUACUACUAUCAUUCCCCACCUCCACCUAAAGAGAGCACACACCCUCCCUACUACUACCACUCACCACCACCACCAUCCCCAUCACCACCACCUCCAUAUUACUACAAAUCCCCUCCACCCCCAUCCCCAUCUCCACCACCUCCUUAUUACUAUCAAAGUCCUCCUCCACCAUCUCCCGCUCCUCAUCCUCCCUACUACUACCAAUCCCCUCCACCACCAAAGGCGUAUCCUUCACCUCCUUACCACUACGUGAGCCCUCCACCACCUUCUCCAUCUCCACCUCCACCGUACCAUUACAAAUCACCACCUCCUCCCUCCCCAGCUCCCGCUCCAAAGUACAUUUACAAAUCACCUCCGCCUCCGGCUUACGUCUAUGCUUCCCCACCUCCACCUAUCUACAAGUAAGCUCAGACUGUGGAAGCACCGUUCACGAUAAAUCAUGUUGUAGUUUUCUUCGAGGAAUAAAUGGAAGCUCCUUUAGGAGUGAAGUGAAAUAUCUAUCUUCCUGUCCAAGUUCUCUGAAUAAAAGUCUGAAGGUGUCAUCUCCGAGCUACAAUAUCUGUGAUUCAGACCCGCUUGAUUCUAUUUGUUUGAUGGCCAUCUUGCACGUCCUGAUCUUAUUGUGUUCAAGUGACGGACAAAUCAAAACAAGGAAGAGAGAUUUAAAGUGUAAAUGCCAAGUUAAAAGUACAGUCCACUCUUAGUCAUCUCUUUAAUUUAUUUGUUCAUAGAUUACUAUGGCCGUUUAUGAUUGCUUUUCUAUUUAUCGUGGAAUUUUUGUAUUGUGCCCGUUCUUGUGUUUGCAAUAAGUAAUAGUAAUAAAGCAGCAGCAAUUCAAAUUCUGCUCUCAA